AUGCCAACUUUUGAUUCGUCUUUCAUCACUAAUCACACUUGUCUUCGUAUUAAAGACCCAAAAAUUUCAAUUCCCUUCUAUGAAAAAAAUUUUGGUCUUAAACAUAUUAGUCAAUUGCACUUACCAGAUCGUACUUUAUACAUUUUAGGAAUUGAAAAUGAAUCAAAUAAAAAUUUGAAUUGGUGUGCCAGAGAAGGUAUUUUAGAAUUAUGCCAUCAUUCAGGUAGUGAAAAUGACUCUAGUUUCAAAGUUAAUAACGGUAAUGGUGAAAAAGAUCGUGGGUUUGGUCAUAUUUGCUUUUCUGUUGAUAACAUAGAAGAAGCUGAAAAGAAAUUAUUGGGUAAUGAAGUUUCUUUCAAAAAAAAAUUAUCUGACGGUAGACAAAAAAACAUUGCUUUUGCCUUAGACCCUGAUGGAUACUGGAUUGAAUUGAUUGAACAUGGUGUUAAUAAGGUUGAAAAUAAAACCGAUUUAUCUUCUUACAAAUUAAACCAUACCAUGAUUAGAGUAAAAGAUCCAAAAGCUUCUUUGAAAUUUUACCGUGAAGUUCUUGGUUUCAAAUUAUUCCAUACCAAAGUUUUUGAAGAUGCUAAAUUUACUCUUUAUUUCUUGGGUUAUGAAUCUCCAGAUUUCAAAGAAGAUUCUCUUGAUGUCUCUACCCAAGCUACUAAACAAUCAGUCUUGGAAUUAACUCACAAUUGGGGUACUGAAAAUGAUGAUUCUUUCCCAGGUUACCAUGAUGGUAAUUCCACCGAAAACGGUGCAAUUGCCGGUUACGGUCACUUUGGUAUUGCUUGUGAUAACGCUGAAAAAUUAUGCAGAGAAAUUGAAUCUGAAUUCCCUGAAGUUGAAUGGGCCUUGAAAUACGGUGAAGGUCCUGCUAAAAUUAUUGCCUUUGUUAAAGACCCUGAUGGAUACCAAGUUGAAAUCUUUAACACUGAUUCUUUCAAAGACUGGACCGAUGGUAAGCCUCCUUUAUGA